AUGUGCGGCCCAGAGACUACGAAUCGCCCCCGCGGCGGCGCCCUGGUCGCCCUCAACCCACCCGGGAUCGGCUCAUCGUCGCCGACGACCACGACAGUGGCCGCCGUGAUGACUGGCGACCUCACAUUUCACACUCCCGGGCAUCCCGACAGCGCCGAGGCGACCCAUGCACGACUAGCCUUUGACCAACCGCGGUGGCAGACGGCGACUCUACCCUCCGAUCUCCGCGUCGUCAUCCAUGCGGGAGGCGACAUGACCAAAGAUGCCAGCGACUGCGGCCUGUUCCGCCAACUACGGCUGGCGGCGACGAGUCCAGCCAUCGCGGCCGGCGCUGGAGGUGUUUGGGAGUGGCCCCUGCCGCAGGCGCUCUCGCUGCAGGUCGGCAGCGACGGCAUCAUCGGACGCCGCGUGUCCGUCUACGCUGACGAUGACGACGGCCGGACCGAUCGGGCGGUGCUCGCAGAGGGAAUCGUGGGGUUUAAUAGUUGGACGACCGAGAGGGCGUCGCUGUAA